AUGUUUACAGAUCAAAGAAAAGAUAAAAAAGCGGUAUUAUAUUUAAAAAGAAAAUUAUCAGUUUUAGAAUGGAUAAAGGAUUUUUUCAAUCAAAAUAAUGAAGUUAUUGAUAGAGGUUGUAAUGAUUUAAUACAAUUGAUUGAAGAUGGUGUUGUGUUGUGUAAAUUAAUAAAUUUAUUUUUUCCAGGUAGAAUUGACAAAAUAAUUUAUCCAAAAUCUAUGGGAUCAACAAAAUAUUUCUUACGUAUUGAAAAUAUAAAUUCAUUCAUUUCUCAAUGUCAAAGAUUUGGAGUACCAGUUAUCUUUCAAACAUUGGAUUUAUUUGAAGGUAAAAAUCCAGUGCGUGUUGUAAAUUGUAUUCAUAGUUUAAUAGAAAUGUUUGAUCCAAAUAAUAAUUUAAAAGAUAGAAUCAUUAAUAAAAAGAAUAAAUUCUCAAUUGAGGAAAUUUCAAGAGCAAAUUUAGAAUUACAAAUUGAAAAAGAAGCUUCUGGUAAAUCAUUAUCAAUGAUUCUUUAUGAUACAAUUAAUCCUUCUUUAAAUAAUAAUAAUUCUAAUGAUGAUGAUACAAAUAAUAACACUACAUUAAAUGAUUAUUCAACAAUUAAUACUCAAAAUAUUAUUCAACAAACUCCACUUCAACCUUUAAAAUCUUCAAUGAUUCAAACCCCAUCUCACCCAAGUACAAUUAAAAAAGUACAAUAUCAAGAUCAACAACAAUCAUUAUCACAACAACAACAACAACAACAUCAACAGCAACAGCAACAACAAGCAGAAUCACAACCAGAACCAAAUUCUAAUAUAUCAUUUUUGAAAACUCCAUCAAUUAAUAAUCUUAAUAAUCUAAAUGACCCUAAUAAUAAUAUUAAUAAUGGUAAUUUUGGAACAGUACAAUAUCAAAUGACAAAUUCAAAUACAUAUGAGAGUAGCAAUUUAUCAGUAUUAAAUACAUCACAUCUUAGAACUACAAUUAUUAAAACACCAUUAUCAAGAAUAAAUAAUAAUAAUAAUAGUACUAUUGGUGGUGGCAUGAGUACACCAAACAAUUAUCAAAGUACUCCACAAAUUCAUCAUACACCAGGUUUUCCUUUAUUUCAACAGGAUAUGGCGACGUCAUCAAUGAUGAAAACAGCAUCAAUUAGUACAGUUCCAGUUAAAACUUCUCCUUCUCCAAUUUCUUCUAAUAAUUUCGAUAGUAGAUUCAUUACAAAUUCAACCUAUAGUAAUAGAUAUACUAAUAUAGGUCAUACUGGUAUAAAUCUUAAUGAAAAUAAUAAUAAUAAUAAUAAUAAUAAUAAUAAUAAUAAUAAUAAUAAUAAUAAUAAUAAUAAUAAUAAUAAUAAUAAUAAUAAUAAUAAUAAUAAUAAUAAUAAUAAUAUAAACUUUGAUAAAAGUAAUAAUUUAAAUAAUAAUCAAUAUAAUAAUUUUACACCAUAUAGACCAUCAUUAUCUACAAGAACUAUAUCAUCAACCACCGCCAACAAUAAUAAUAAUAUUAAUAAUAUUAGUAAUAAUAACAACAUUAAUUUUGAUAGUGACUUAAAGUUAAAUGAUUUAAAUUCAACAACAUUAUCUUCAAGAACAAAACAAAAUGAUGAAACUAUUAUUAGACAAAAAAAAGAGCAAGAGGAGAUCUUAUUAAAACAACAACAACAACAACAACAACAACAACAACAACAACAACAACAACAACAACAACAAAAAAUAUAUCAAGAAAAGGUUAAACAACAGCAACAACAAAAAUUAAUAACACCAACAAGGACAUGGUGCAAAGAUAGUUUUAUAUUUUUAGUUUUAAUGAUAUCAAUUUUUAUUUGGUUAUUCCUUUAUCUUGAUAAUAAUUUAAAAUUAAAUAUAAAAAAAGUUUUGACUAUCAGGAGCGAUUUAAAUUAA